AUGUCAUUUAUUGAAGGAAUCGGCGAUGAUUUGCUUUACGCAUUUGGCUUCUUAUUUUUUAUCAGUAUUGUUACUCUUGCUUGGUUUUCGACACAUGUGAAUUAUAUUCAUUUUCCAACGACAUUAUUUAUCAUCGAACGACGUACGCGCACAAGAAAUGAAGAGGAAGAAUCGGAAAGAACAAGUCCAACUCCGCCAUCGCGGCUAACUCCACUGAGUGAUCAAACUGUAUCUCCAUCAUCUGGCAAUGACACACAAACAGAACAUGAAUCGGACAAUGAAUCUAGUGAAGUUGAUGAGUUUAUUUGUGAACAAACGCCCGUCGCAAAUCGAACAUCAGAGCAACAAACAAAUGAUUCGAAUCUUGUCCAAGUAGACACUAAUCAACAAACAACAUCAUCUAAUGAACAAGAAAAUCAAUCAUUGAAUAUAGUUAUUAAAUUUCUUGAUGAUACACGAAAGGAGAUUACAGCUAAUCCAAACGAUACCAUAUCAAAAAUAAAACAAUUACAUUUUGCCGAUGAAUUAGCGAAUAAUAAAAUGAUCCGUUUCAUUUAUCAGGGUCGUGAGCUGCAAGACCGUGAGAUGCUUCGUACAUACAACAUUCGUGAUCAAACAAUCAUCCACUGUCAAAUAAAUAAUCGACGUCCGGAUUCUUCUAAUCAAAGGUCGAAUGGUUCAUCAUCCGGGUCACAUAUGAAUGCCAAUCGAUUUGACACAUCUGCAUUUAUUGAUUCGCCACCUGUGAAUAUCUCCUCGUAUUUCGUUCUCAUCAUGAGCUUAAUUCUCGGUUUUAUCUGGUUUUUACGCAUCAAAUAUCGAAUGCUGUUUUCACCUAUUUCAACACUUGUGUUGAUUCUACUCACAAUUCUAUUCGUCAUAUUCACAUUUGGCUCUUUCAUAACGUCACGUCAGCGAGUAUCCAAUACUGGACAAACGACUCUUGCGACAGCACCAAUUCAACAUGUUCAUCGGGAUUGA